UAAUACCAAAUCCCCUCCCUCGACUUCUACAACCAUUAGAGUACUUAUUUCAAUCAACACCCAAAGAAUCAAAGUCUUAAGUUUUCGAGUUCUUCAAGAAGAAAAACAAACAUUUCCUUUCAUUUGUCAAACAUGGCACCUCAUGGCGAGGCUAUUUCAAGGAGCAACAAUUUUUCCAAGCCACCAAGGCUUUCAUCCACUGGCCUCCAAAGAACAAUCUCAGACAUUUCAAUGGAAUUGGGGAAGGAGUUGGCGACAGCAUCCGAUACCAAGCAAGGGGCACUUCCACCGAUAUCUGAGAUCGAGGAUGCACGAUGCGAGUGUUGUGGAAUGUGCGAGGAGUACACACAAGAGUACAUCGAUCGGAUGCGAGACAAGUUCCUUGGGAAGUGGAUAUGCGGGCUCUGCGCUGAGGCUGUGGAAGGCGAAGUGGAGAAGCACGGAGGGAGCAAAGAGGAGGCGUUGAACGCGCACAUGAGCGCCUGCGUAAGGUUUAACAAACUGGGGAGAGCUUAUCCAGUGUUGUUUCAGGCUGAGGCAAUGAGAGAGAUGUUGAAGAAGAGUAGGAUGGAUGGGAGAGAUGGUAUUAGAGCCAAGUCUUUGAGUCCUAGAGACAAAGCUGCAGUUCAAAAGAAAGGUGGGAUUGCUAGGAGUUCAAGUUGCAUUCCAGCCAUCAUAAGAUCAGAGGAUCUUAACAAUCUCAAACUGCAAAACUAAUUCAUAUUUGCUUCAGAUCUAAUUUCAGCAACAUUAGCUGCCCUUUAUUCCCUCUAUUACUUCUAUUCCUAUACCCCAUCUUAACCUCGACUAAAAUUUUAGUUUACUUCCCUUGCUGUCUUUCAAAUCUUCUUCAACACCUAGUUUCAUCACCUGGCUUGAAAGGUCAUUUUUUUUCUAGGUGGGUUUCUUCUAUUUUUGCUUCCCUUUCAUGGGUUUUAUUUUUUUUUUUCUGCAGUAAAAGACCUUAAAUUUGGUAUUUGAUUUGAUAUGCAUUAACAAGUAGUUGUUGGAUAUGAAGAUAUGGCUACUAGAAGAAACUCUUGAUAUUCAGCUACAGGCCAUUUUCAUUUCUAACCUAUUAACAGCAUGUAUCUAUACGAAGCUUGUUCGAAUAAAAUAUGUUAUUAGUAUUCAUGAA